CGCCUCCUCUCCAGCCCCGCCCACUUCGGGCCCCGCCGCGCUCCGCUCCGGCCGCCGGGGGGUCGCUGACUGCGCGCUGCCGGCCGCUGGCGGGACUCUCUCCCCGGAGCUGCGAUGUUUGCGGCGGCGGAGCGGCGGCUGGCGGAGGCCGGGCAGCCGGAGGUGUUGAGGUUCUGGGCGCAGCUGUCGGAGGAUGAGCGCGGGGCGCUGGCGGCCACGGUGGAGCAGCAGGACCCGGCCGAGCUGCGGGCUCACUGCCAGGCGGCCGCCCGGGCCCGGCUCGCCGGCCAGGCGCCGCUCUCCGGCCUGAUGGAGCCGUUGCCCGAGGAGGUGAUCGGCGGGGUGUCCCGGACGGAGGCCGAGACCCUGAGGAGGUGGCGGGAGCGCGGUUUUCAAGAGAUCUCUAAAGGCCACGUUGCUGUGCUGUUGUUGGCUGGCGGACAAGGUACCCGGUUAGGUGUCCCGUAUCCGAAGGGCAUGUACAACGUUGGGCUGCCGAGUGGGAAGACACUUUAUCAAAUUCAGGCUGAACGAAUUCGCAAAAUAAAGCAGCUGGCCGAGGAGAUGCUGGGCGGGAAAUGCACGCUACCUUGGUACAUCAUGACCAGUGAGUUCACACUGGAACCCACAGAGAGGUUCUUUGCCCGGCACCAGUACUUCGGUCUGCCUCAGUCCGACGUGGUCAUGUUUGAGCAGAGGAUGCUGCCUGCUGUUGGAUUUGAUGGGAAGAUCAUCUUGGAAGGGAAGGGCCGGAUUGCCAUGGCUCCAGACGGAAAUGGUGGCCUGUACCGAGCUCUGACAGACAACAAGAUCCUGGAGGACAUGGACCGGCGAGGUGUUCGUGUCGUUCACGUGUACUGUGUGGACAACAUCUUGGUGAAGAUGGCAGACCCAGUCUUCAUCGGUUUCUGUGUGGAGCGCGGAGCGGACUGUGGGGCCAAGGUGGUUGGGAAGGCUUACCCCACGGAGCCGGUGGGCGUGGUGUGUCGAGUGAACGGCAUCUACCAGGUUGUGGAGUACAGUGAGGUGAGCCAGGAGACGGUGGAGAGAAGGAACCCUGACGGCCAACUCACCUUCAACGCUGGCAACAUCUGCAACCACUUCUUCACUGUGGAGUUCCUCAAGUCCGUGACAGAAGAGUUUGAACCUAAGCUGAAGCCUCAUGUGGCUGUUAAGAAGAUUCCCUAUGUCGACGAGGAGGGAAACUAUGUGAAGCCAGAGAAGGCCAAUGGCAUUAAGAUGGAGAAGUUUGUCUUUGAUGUUUUCCAGUUUUCCACGAGGUUUGCUGUGUUUGAGGUGCUGAGGGAGGAUGAGUUCUCCCCCCUGAAGAAUGCGGAGAGCACUGGCGGCAAGGACAUGCCCUCCACUGCCCGCCGCGCCCUGCUUUGGCAGCACUAUCGCUGGGCGGUGCAAGCUGGCGCCCACUUCCUGGACAGCAAGAAUAACCGCGUGCCUGUUCUCAGCCAGCUGCAGGAAAUGGAGGAUCCCCCUGUUGUGUGUGAGAUCUCGCCACUCAUCUCUUGUGAAGGGGAGGGCCUGGAAGAGCGCCUGAAGGAUCAGGAGUUCCAUUCCCCACUGCUUCUAACAGAGUGACUGGAAGGAGCUGGUCAGGCAGUGGACAGACCUCACACACAGGGCUGGAGUUGAUGACUUCAUUUUGACACUGCUGAUUUAUAAAAAGAUUUUUGAUUUUUACUGACUUUUAAAGUGUGGCUGGUGGGUUUAUCUGUUCCAUGAGGCUGGGUCUUCCCUGGAUCUGCACAACACCAAGGUCCUUGGGUGAAGGUGACCACCUGCUGUCCAGCCACCUGGAGUGCGUGUAGUCUGUGCGCUCGACAGGGUUGGUCAGUGGAACACGUCACCCCAAUGACCCCAACGUGACGGAUUCUGGGGUCAUUGACUCUCACUAAAUCCCAGCAGAUGGGUUCAGGGGUCUCUGCUGCUCCACUCCUGGUAAACACCAGCAAACUGGAUUGAAGGGUCAUUGACUGUUGCGAAGCUCCAGAGGUUGAGUUCAGGUGUAGCCCCUGGCUUUCCCAGGCAACCUCACCUCCAACCAGCUCGCAGGAUUCAGUAGAGAUGGCCCUCAACUCUGAGUAACCUUACCCCAUGUGGGAAAGUUAGGAUAAUGCAAGAUACCCCUCACUAUUAAUUUAUGCAUAGUAAAGGAAUUACUUUCUAUGCAUGGGAAAUGUGGGGUGCUAGUUUGUCAAAUAUGCUGACUAAUCAAGAGUUAAAUAUGUUUUCACAUGCUCAAUACCAAAGGUUAUAUAAGGGAACUGAAAUUCAGUUUCCUCCACUCUUCCAAUGAGCUGACAAUCAGUAUUAGGCAGCAGGCAGGAAAACAGAAGUGAUAUGCAGAUCCAGGGGAUAUCUGGACCCUCCCUCCUCAGCCCCACAGUGUCAGCCUGGGUGCUGGUCUGAAGGGCUGGUUACUGGAGACUGUUGGUUAGUGAUGUUCUGGAGAACUGAGCUUUUACCAUAUCAAGACAUGGCUCCAGGCACCAAGUGUACUCCUGGACAGAGCCUGAUGCCAGGUACACUCCACUCCCAAUGCUGCAACUUCUCUUUAAAUAUUGUUUACAAGUCCUACUUCUGUACCUCCUUCCUUCUGUCUCCCUGGUUAUUCUGAUAAUUAGAAUGCUUCCUCCUCUGUCACCUGCCUGUGAGAGAUGUGUGGGUGGGAUGACCCAGCCUUUUGUGUGAGGGUUUAACACCAACAGUGGGACUGAUGAGCUUUAUAAAUCACAUAUCUCCAUUACUAACAAUAAAGUGCUUUUCUGGCUCUGGCA